GACGUCACUUCUGCGGCGGCGGCCGCUGUAGAUAGGUGGCAAAGCCGGUGUGUAUCUUAUGCGGGGCUCGUAGGACUGCGUCUAGUCACGUUCAAUUCACCUGUCUGACGAAACCGAGGAUCACCCAUUUCGGUAAAAUUUGCGUGGGCCCAUCGUCGACAUGAAGCUCGCCGUCGUUGCACUGUCAGCGCUCCUUGCCGCGGUUUCUGCAGAGGAUGAUCUUUUCAAAGGAGACUCGGUGGUUUCGCUCGAUGAGGCAGCCUUCGACGCGCUCGAAGAUAAAGCAUAUUUCGUCAAGUUCUAUGCACCAUGGUGCGGUCAUUGUCAGAGACUAGCCUCAACGUGGGAGGAACUGGGGGAGAAACUCGCUCAAAAUGACAAGGUUGUCAUCGCCAAAGUCGACUGUACAGAACAAACUGCUUUGUGCUCGAAGCAUGACAUCCAGGGAUAUCCGACCCUCAAGUUCUUCGAAGCUGGUAAAUACUCGGACGGCGAGAAGUAUCGAGGACGCCGAGAAUUGGAUGCUCUCAGUUCCUUCGUUUCGGAGAAGUUGGGAGAGAAGACUAUCGAGAAAAAACAGCCGAAAGGUCUCUACGAGCUCACCGAGAACAACUUCGACGAACAUGUCAAGGAAGGCAAGCACUUCAUCAAAUUCUUCGCUCCGUGGUGCGGACACUGCAAGAACCUCGCUCCGACCUGGGAAGACUUGGCCGCCAGCUAUGCUGAAUCCACGGGAGUGACCAUUGCCAGCGUGGAUUGCACCGAACACAAAGCUGUUUGUUCCCGAUUCGAGAUCAAGGGAUAUCCUACCCUCUUGUUCCUCCAGAAUGGUGGAAAGACAGUCGAGAAGUACCAAGGGUCUCGCACGAUUGAAGAUCUCACGAAAUUCGUUGACAAGCUCGUGAAGGAAGAGGCGAAACACGAAGAGGAGAACCCUGAGGCUGCGCCUCUCCUCUUGACCGAGGACACCUUCGAAUCCACGAUCGCGUCCGGCGUUACUUUCGUCAAGUUCUUCGCCCCGUGGUGUGGACAUUGCCGAAACUUGGCUCCGACUUGGACCGACUUGGCGAGGAAAGUCACUACAGCCAAAAUCGCCAAGGUUGACUGUACGGAACAAGACCGCAUCUGCAGCGAGAAAGAGAUCCAGGGCUAUCCCUCCUUGAUCCUUUACAAGGACGGUGCGCGCGUCGAGGAGUACAACGGAAGCCGAGACUUGGACGAUCUCAAAGAAUUCGUCGAGCGCCACCUUUCAGGAACCAAGGACGAACUUUAGAAGAUUCACAGAAACCUCUCUACCGCGGACUCAUCCCGUCAAUUACUGAACUGAGGGUUAGUGAGUGAACCAAGUCCGAUUGCGGCUGCCCAACUCCGAAAGGUCCUCGUUUCGCUGCGUUGCCUCUCCGACUCGUAGCAGUUAGGCUUAUUCUUCUUAAGGAGUCGAUUUGCCACGUCGAUAUUUUUGCAUCAUCCCAAUAUCGAAAUAUUGUACUUUUUUUCUAUUCAUCAAAUUUCUGCGUUUAUCCAGCGGUCGCUGCGCGGAGCCAAUAGGGGGAUUUCGAAUCAUGCUCAAAAUCCUGAAACGAGCAUAUAAGCGGGUAACCUCUAGAUUCCGACAAUCGACGCGAUGAGACUCGGGGAACGAAGUCGGGAAUAUCUAUUUCGUAGGCUGAAUGACCGAGGGUCUCCCGCAGGCAGGGACGCUCGUAUGGAACUGCGCUAGUAUAAGAUGAUGGAUACACUUGACCCGUCGAGGGGUCAGCGGACAAGCUGAGUCCGAUACUUUGGAGAACUUACUCCCAUGGAAACACAGUGACCCAUAGACCUCGAAGCACAGAAAAAUCGACGGAGUUCCUCCUAACGAGAGGGAUUCUGAAGGGAGCGUAGGCUAAAGUGUGAUCGGGAAGGAUCUCGUUUUCCUCUCUCAAAACUUACAAAUAUGCUCUAGUUGGAUUUUUUCGGCGACGAAUGUCAAUAAAUUUCUUGGUGAUAU